CGUCGCUGCCGUGAAAUAAAUACUGAGCAAACUUUCUCUUUCUUCAGGUUCAAGCUGAGCAAACAUCAACACACCUUGUUUCUGAGGCUGAAGGGGAUUUUCACAGCCAUGAAAGCAUUUAUUCUUCUCUCGCUGGUCGCCCUGAUUCACGGCAGUAAUGCCGCUUUGCUCAUUAAAGGGCCCACGGAGCCGGUUCUGGAGGGCCAGUCUGUCACCAUUGAGUGUCGCUACGCAAACUCUGAGUUCAACAUCAGCGAGGUCCAGUUCCAGAUGCUCUACAAGUCCAGUGACAGAUGGCACCAGAUUUACGGGGAGUACAACUUCCGGCGAACUUGGUGCUACUAUUCGAUGCGGGUCAUGCAGACGGAGGACAGCCUGGUUCUGACCAUCCCCUACGCGGGCCGGUACAACAGCGGCCCGUACCGCUGCGUGUCCUCCGCGGAGAACGUGACCGCCCCAGACAACGCGUCGGAGCCGCUGGGCUUCAAAGUGCACUAUAUGGCCGAGCUGUCCCUGUCCAGGGAGGGCUACCGCUGCCUCCUGGGCGCCCCCAAGGAGCUGAGGGUGCGGCAGGGGGACGACGUUGUGCUGGAGUGCUCCGCCGCCUCGUCAGAGGAGCCCAAGUACUUCUGGUUCAAAGAGGGCAGCGACUGGAUCCUGCCUUCCCCCAAGCUGACGCUGAAGAAGGUGACUGCCAGCGACCAAGGACAGUACACCUGCAGCGCCGAGCACUCGGUGCAGUCGCUCAGCAAGAAGCGCAGCAUCAGCAUCACCGUGCUGCCUGAGAAUGCCCCGUGGUACCAGACCAGCAGCGGCCGCCUGGUUUUGUCCACCUCGCUGGCUGCCGUGGCUCUCGCGCUCUUCAUCAUCACCAUGACCGUGUUCCUGUGCCGCAGGGCCAAGCGGGCCAGAACCAGCAAGGGACCCAUCGAUGACCGGUCUCAGAAAAAGCCCAUCUACAAGAGCAGCGUGGAUUCCCUGCCCUCCACCAGCGGAGACAAGCAGCCCCUGGUGUGACCGCGUGGAGAUGAGAGGCCGGAAGACGCGGGAGGGCAGAAACUGGGCACGUGAAGGGGGAGGAGAUGCAGAGGGAUGCUAGGAGUCAGAUGGUAAAAAAAUGAUAUGACGAAUGAUGAUUUUAGGGGUUUAGAAGCUGCUUUGCUUGUGGGCAUAGACUACGGGUACGAGCCUGGACUAAAAGGUGAGAUUUGAUUUGAUCUGCAUUUACUCUGCAACGUAAUAUACUGUACCACUAUAGCUACAGUCAUAGCCAGCGAAUUGAGAGCGAGUCAUAAGCACUGGAGAACUGUACAGAAUCGGUCUAAACUCUCUGCUUUCAGCCGUGUUUUAUUUUGGUGAUUGGUCUCAGCUUCCUCUCCGACGCUGAAGCAGCUCAUCGCUGGAGCGUCUGUGAAAACGUUAUUACAAAGCCUUUCCCAUGACUAUUUAAUUCACUGUACUUUUGAUUUCUUUGAUAUUAAACAGCUGUCAGUAAAGCGAAAA